AUGGCCUCUGCGGGGACCCCGCCGCAGCGGUGCCCCGGGGCGGAGCGGCCGGCGGCGGCCGGGGGGGGCCGGGCGGAGGCGCCGCGGUGCCGCAGCCUGCCCGCGCUCGGCGGGGCGGCGCCGCGGGGCCGCGGGGCCGCGCUCGGCUCCCCCCUGGCGGCCGGGGGGGGCGGCGGCGGUGCCCCGCCGAGCCCCGCCGCGGGACCGGCUGCCGGGGACGGACGGGGCGGGGGAGCCGCCGCCGCUGGCGGGGCUGCUCGGUCCCCCAGCGCCGCCGCCGGCAGGACGGAGCGCGGCCAGCCGGCGGCGCCCGGCCGAGGGGUGUCCCCCGGCCCCCCGCCGCCGCCGCCGCCGCCGCCGCUGCUGCUGGCGGGCCCCCCGGGCAGAGCGUGCCUGCGGGCCGUGCUGGCUGACUCCCGCUUCUUCUUGGUGUGCAUGUGCUUCCUGACCUUCAUCCAGUCCCUCAUGGUCUCCGGCUACCUGAGCAGCGUCAUCACCACCAUCGAGCGGAGAUACAGCCUCAAGAGCUCGGAGUCGGGGCUGCUGGUCAGCUGCUUCGACAUCGGGAGCCUGGUGGUGGUGGUCUUCAUCAGCUACUUCGGGGGGCGCGGACGGAGGCCGCUCUGGCUGGCUGUAGGGGGGUUUUUCAUCGCCCUGGGGGCUGCGCUCUUCUCCUUACCUCAUUUCAUCUCUCCGCCGUACCAGAUCCAGGAAUUGAACUCCUCCGUCAGUAACGAGGGCUUGUGCGUGACUGGCAAUGGCACCGCCAAAGAGCAGUGGGACUCGCCGGCCUGUGUCAAGGACUCUGGCGGAAACGACCACUCUCUCUAUGUAGCUUUAUUCAUUUGUGCCCAAAUCCUCAUUGGCAUGGGCUCGACACCCAUCUAUACCUUGGGACCAACCUACCUAGAUGACAAUGUCAAGAAAGAAAACGCCUCGCUUUACCUAGCCAUCAUGUACGUAAUGGGAGCGCUCGGCCCUGCAGCUGGAUACUUGCUAGGAGGACUUCUUAUUGGUUUCUAUGUUGAUCCUAGGACAACUGUUUAUAUUGAUCAGAGUGAUCCCCGAUUCAUUGGAAACUGGUGGAGUGGAUUUCUCCUUUGUGCCAUUGCAAUGCUCCUUGUGAUAUUUCCCAUGUUUACCUUUCCGAAAAAGCUCCCUCCUCGACAUAAAAAAAAGAAAAAGAAAAAGAAGAUGAACUCUGAUGAUGUUUCAAGUGAUGAUGAAGUCAUGAAAGAGAAAACAAAUAGCAAAAUACAAGCAGACAGUGCAGUUCCUGCCUCUAUGGGAUUUGGAAAGAAUGUUAAAGAGCUUCCAAGAGCAGCUGUCAGGAUCUUAAGCAACAUGACAUUCCUUUUUGUGAGUUUGUCAUACACAGCUGAGAGUGCCAUUGUCACAGCUUUUAUUACCUUCAUUCCCAAGUUCAUCGAGUCACAGUUUGGCAUCCCAGCUUCCAAUGCCAGCAUCUACACUGGUGUGAUUAUUGUACCAAGUGCUGGUGUUGGUAUUGUCCUAGGCGGCUACAUUAUAAAAAAAUUGAAACUCGGUGCAAGAGAGUCUGCAAAGUUGGCUAUGAUCUGCAGCGGUGUGUCUCUGCUCUGCUUUUCAACUCUCUUCAUUGUUGGAUGUGAAAGCAUUAAUCUAGGGGGAAUAAAUAUACCUUACACGACUGGUCCCACUCUUGCCAUGGCCCACAGGAAUCUGACUGGGAGCUGUAAUGUUAACUGUGGAUGUAAGAUUCAUGAGUACGAGCCUGUCUGUGGAUCAGAUGGAAUAACAUAUUUUAAUCCUUGCCUAGCUGGCUGCAUCAAUGGUGGAAACCAUAGCACAGGGGUACGAAAUUACACAGAAUGUGCCUGUGUCCAGAGUCGCCAGGUGAUCACUCCGCCGACGGUGGGCCAGCGCAGUCAGCUCCGCCUGGUUAUUGUCAAAACCUACCUGAAUGAGAAUGGCUACGCUGUUUCUGGGAAGUGUGAUCGAACCUGCAACACGCUUAUCCCAUUCCUGAUAUUUCUUUUCAUUGUUACCCUUAUAACAGCGUGCGCCCAGCCGUCAGCAAUCAUAGUGACACUCAGGUCUGUGGAAGAUGGGGAGAGGCCCUUUGCACUAGGAAUGCAGUUUGUUCUGUUACGAACUCUUGCUUACAUUCCCACCCCAAUUUAUUUUGGGGCUGUUAUUGACACCACGUGCAUGCUUUGGCAACAGGAUUGUGGCGUACAAGGAUCUUGUUGGGAAUACGAUGUCACCUCAUUUCGUUUUGUCUACUUUGGGUUGGCAGCUGCUCUCAAGUUUGUGGGAUUCUUUUUUAUUUUCCUGGCCUGGUAUUCCAUUAAGUGUAAAGAAGAGCAACUGCAGAGACAGAGAUGGAGGGCUUCGCCGGUGAACACUGUGAGUGAGAUGGUUGGGCAAGUUGGACCCCAACAAAACUAUGCACGGACUAGAUCCUGCCCUACCUUCAGUUCCCGAGGAGACAUCAGUGUGGCACAAGGAAUGAACUGCGUAGCACAGACGUACCCCGGCCCUUUUUCAGAAGCAAUAAAUUCCUCAAAUGAAAAUGCAUUGGAAGAAGUCACUGCUGAGAUAUAGACCCCUGGCUUGGUAAUGUAAUACUUAGUUUUGUUGGUUGACUUAAUUACGGCGCCUUGUAAAACACCUGUGCCUUCUAUUUUUAAUCUAAAUGUAAUACAUGAUAAAACCAACAAAGCUUAAUGCAAACAACCAUAGUAUGUUCCUGAGGGCUGGAUACCUCAAACCAACCCAAGUUCUUAUUUCUCUCCUCCCGACAAUGGAGUUUUAAAAAUUGUGUUUGUAAUUAUUUCAGAUGUGUCCGUUAAAUGUCCAUGCUCUGAUCUAAUACAAUGUAAGGGUGAGGUAUUAUGAACAGCAAAAGUCAGUGGAAGAGUGACAAAAACUCAUAUCGUUGAUGUCUAGACGUCACAAAAAUGCUUAAAUGUAUUGUCAACUUUAUAUUCGCAAAUCGUAUUUUUAAGAGAUAUGUAAUUACUGUGAGUUCUGCUACAAAGCACAAUUGAACUUGUUUAAACUAUGCAACUUAUUUGGAUAAUUGUAUGUGCAGCGAAUUAAGUUUGAAGUUUGCUUUUAAAGACAUUACUGCAACUGAAUUUGAAAGGGGCUACUUUCAGACAUAAGCAUUAAACUAAAAAAGAACAGAAGGUUUAAAGUACUGUUAAAACACGUUAAGCCAUACAAAAGUUGUGCAUCAGGUAACAUUUGCAAAUGCUGAGUUGUAAUAUCUUUAUCCUGUCAAAAUGUGCAUUAGUUUUCAUUUGAUGGGAUGUAGUCAUUCUUCACAAAGUACACAGGCUAGGAAAGUAUAAUGCUUACAGUAAAAAAAUUCAGUAUUAAUUUAUAAUAACAUUAAGAUGAAAGAAUCAUGCACCCAUACCAGAGCAGAUAUGUGCAUAUUUCUGUAAUGUUAUUUGGGUGGCCGUUACUGGCGCCAAAUCCAUACUUUUCCUCAAGAAGAAAAAUAACCAAUUAUAGCUCAAUAAGAAGAGCUUGGCUGUCCUUCAGAAAUGCGUGCCAGUCUAGUUCAGCUUCAGUGAACAAAUCUCGAGGGAGAUCUAAUGGCCUCAUUUCAUGUCUGAGCGGCCGCCUGGGACCUGGCGGUCCCCUUGCAGCUGGCGACAGUGCGGGGCUGGGUGCCAUUCGCUGCCCGAUGCAGGAAUCAGCAGAGACCCUUCAAGUGGGCUGCAGGCAGCCUGCCCACUGCCAUGCCUGGUACGACGCUUUCCCCUCCACUCCUGGCACCACUGGGGUGCUGUGCUCCCCGCCACCGAGGACAGCUGGGGAGGGGACACCAGCUCAAACUCUGGGUCUCUCUCGUUUCUUCUGCCUCUCCCGCUGCCCGGUGCUGGGCAGGCUGGUGGGACAGGUUUGGAGGUCCUAGUUGCGUGGUUUGUCCCACACGUGGCUGCCUUUCCUUUUCUCAGCUUCAUUGAAAGCUUCAUUGAAGGUGAAGGGCAGGUCAUCUCUCCUUUGCCCUUCCAGGGGAAGAGCUAAGAACAGAAAUUUUCUGCAAGCGUGGACCCACAGGACAUGAUGUGGCCUUUGCUUAUUCCAAAUUACUGUAGUGUUUUCUCCCCAGGAAAUGCUGAGACUUUCUAAUCAAAUGUACUUGGCAUCUCAUUUCUUACCCUGGAGGCUUUGUGGUGCCAUGCUUAUGAUGUACUAAUGAUGUCUCAAAGGGCAGAGAAUGAAUUCAGGUGGACACUAGGAAGUCAAAGUUGUAUUUUGCCCUGCAGGGAAAGUCUUAGAAGUUUAGGAAAUUAAAAGUCUUUUAAGAGGACACAGUGAUAGGCAGGCUUGGAUUUUGUGAUGUGAGGGGCUUGUGUGAAAAUAAAUAGAAGAGAGCAGAACUUCUACGUAUUUUCGAACAGACUUAUUCCCGGUUUCUUUUUUAAUUUAGCAAUGAUUUCAUUUAUUAAUGAACAAACAUUAUAUGGAACCAAGUCCUUGAAAUUAAAGACAGUACUCUCCUUGGCAUCCAUUGCGUUAUCCUGGGAAGAGUAGAUUUCCCUCUCCUUCUCCUUUGCCGGCUGCCUUCCCCCAUCUCCUGGCUCACCCUGGCCGGCACAUGGGGCUACCCACUGGGCUGGUUCCCCUGCUUGAAUUGGUGGCUGCUUAUUUCAGAACGUCUCAGUCCAUUUGUGUGGCUUGUAAUGAUUUCCACUCUCUGUGGCUGUAAACUCAGAUGCUUUUACUCCAAACUACAAGGUAGAGGAAUAUUGUUUUAAUCACCUCCUGCUAUUCGAUACAUAUUAAUAGCUUUUUGGGAUCAAGCCACCAGGCACAACACAUCCUCAGUCCUGUGCCAGCUGAGCUGUUAGCUUCUAGACUUCUCAUCCCAAGGAAUAAAUUUCUUUGGCUCAGAGGUAUUUGGCAUAUAUUUUUUUGCCAUAGGAGAUCAAAAUAGAUGAUAAAAGUGUCUCCUUUUGCUCCAGUCUCAAAUGCUUCUUGCACCAUGUCAAAAAUUGAGGCAAAGUAGUAGGACAAAAUGUAAUUGCUGCAAUUGCCUGUCACCCAUCCAUUUUAGUCACACACCCAUUUUAAUCAGCAUGGGAUGAGGUGAAGAACGACAAUCUUUUCAAAUACCUCAGAAACAGAGCAUUUAGGGAAUUGUAAAAGGCUGGAAAUGAAUCAUCUAUCCUGAUCUAUUCUGUUUCAUGCCGCGUGUGCGCUUCUGUUCCAUGCGAAUAACAAGGGAGAGCAGAUUAGGUUUGUAGGAUUGUCAGGAGCUGACACUGAUGGCAGAGAAUGAGAGUGGUAGAAGUGACACAUCUGCAACUGCUGCCACUUCUCAGCUGAUUUCACGGAAAUUCAGAGCUUGUGGGAAUGGAGACCAUUCCUUUUUAGGAAUGGGCUUUUUAGGAAAUCCUGACACACUUCGAAAAACAUUCAUUUUUUUGAAACAUUUGAGAAACUGGAAUGUGGAGGGAAAGGUGUUCACUUCGGAAAUACUUAAAAAGCCUUGUUUACAUACUUUCAAUAGCCUUUUAACUUUCCUUUCAAAAUUAUAUGCAAAACAAAACAUAACAUAACAUAAAAAAUCAUUAGUAUUUUUUGAUUAUAGAUUAUUUUGACAAUGUGAAUAUAUUUCUACAAAAUCACUUAUUAAGUUGGCAUCCUCUGAAAGAAAGAAACCCCAAACUCUGGCCAGUUUUUGAUUGAUUCCUGAAGGAGGCUUUAUUGUGAGUAAGCUGUACCAGCCUAAGCCAAUAAUGGCACGCAGGGGAAACACAUUAACUUCUUGAAGAAGUCAAUUUCAGCAUUGUCAACCUUGACUGAAAUAUGGACUGAGGCCUGCUGAGCAAACACUAUUUUCUGAGGUGGUUGUUGCUGAAGGAAUCAAAAUGGCCAGAGAAGUUGUGUGCAUCCCUAGCGGCAGUCAUGAUUGACGUGUGGUUCUAAGUCAACUCAAAAGGAGAAAGAAGGAGCUUUAUCACCCAGUGAAGGUGGCCAUGCUUCCUUCUGCUGUGAAACCCUCUGACCAGGGAAUAUAAAAUUCUGUUGACUUGUAAUUUCCAUCACUUUCCCUUUUUACCCCCAAACACUAAAGUUUGGAUAUCAGUGACCACAAGAAAACGUAAAGCAGGGGUCCUGCUCACCAACAGGCUGCUAUCGGUAGCAAACCCAAGUCACCUACCUGCAGUUAACCAGCCAGGGACAAUAUGGAGCAGCAACACCCCACAAUUAACUACAAGUCCACAAAGUGCCAUCAUGCCAUCACAAGGACAGAUAUCCUCUUACAAAACUUAUUCGUGAUUUAGAGUGAUGGACAUGAGAAGUAUGCUCAAUAUAUGGACUUGGCUGAACAGGUAAUCGUCCCUGCUUAGCCUCCCACUUAUCCCUGUUUCCUUAAAAAGGGAAAACUUCAGAAAGGGCAUUGCCAUGUCCUUGAGUGCUUGAGUGUAGCACCCUCAGGAGAUGGUAGAGCUUUCGGGGGUUGUGGUCUUGGCUGGAAUAUCUGGAGAGUGGGACUCUGUAUUUCUAAGUCUAGGCAAAAGCCCUGUGGUUUUGGUCCUUCUUUUUCCCCAUGAAUGUACUGGAUAUAAUAUGGUACAAUUUGGAACUGGUGGCAUUUUAUGUCCUUUCAGUGUAGUGCAAGCAGCUGAAAGAAACAUGUUGAAAAUUGUGGUGCAAUUUAUAUUUAAUUGGAAACUUUCAGUUCUUUGACCAGCCAUUGUAUCUGUAAAAGUGCAGGUAGUAACUUGCAGUUCCUCAGAAUUUCCCAUUCUGUAAGUGAAGCAGGGGCACAAAUCUCCUCCUAGGUAUUAGAAAAGUAAGUUUGAAAGUCCCUAAAUUAGUUACAAACACUUGAGUAUAGUGUUUUCAAAAAUAUGUUUGUUUUUUUUUUAAAUAUAUCUUAUUAAUUUGUAGCAUUAACCAUUCAUUAUGGCUCUGAUCCAGCAGAACACUUAAAUAUGUGUGUAAGUUUAUAUACUUAAGUAACACACUUAAAAAUAAUGCAUGUAUUGGACCGAAUCCCAUCUGCAUUCAAAAAGGAGUUCCUUUACCCAAGAGUAAUUUCCAUGCUGAGUUUUUUUCACCAUGGAGUCAGGGAUCAUUGUAACCAGAAUAGCACAAAGUAGCACUCAAGUACUCCCCCGUGGCAUUCAUGUGUGGCUGCUUAUGUAUUUGUCAAUGGAGGAAAGCUUUAAUUUUCAAAUAGAAUUCAAAAUAUUUUCUGGACAUGCUCAAAGAUGCAUUCUAGCUCUUUCCGCCAUUCACUUGUUUUAUUAAUUUCGGGAUGAAAAUCUGUGCAUUAUGUGGGGAGAUAAAUUAAACAAGGGUAUCUUCCUGACCUUAAGUCCAAUUAAAUUGCUCAAGUAACGCUGUAGGUUCUGAUUGUGCCCUUUCACAAAAUUUGGACCUAGAGGAUCAGAUGACAAAUUUUCAGUAUCCCGCACAAACGGAGCGGAGCACUGCCUGCUCUGUGUAACUCCAGCCAGCAUGGCUGGGAGAGCGCUCACCACCUUCUGUACUGUUCUUGCGGGUUUUCCCCCCAGAUGCCUGCAGUAUUGCUGCCUUACUACGCUUUCUUUGUGUCUAAUAGCACAGCUCUUCAUCGUGUUAUAUUGACAUAAAACUGAUGAUAAAUAGGUCCAAAGUGUCUUACGGCAAUUUUGGAGCCAGAUUCUCAGCCUCAUCGGUCUGAUGAUGAUGCUGAAGAAGUGGUCCAGUACCUUGGGUUUUACGUUAACAAGCUGGUGCUUCAGCAAGUGUGUGUGAACUAAGUGAUAUCAAGUGCUUGUUUAGCUUUUAUACUCUGGUCACUGGUGACAACUGCUGUUUUCAGAGAUCAAAGACAAAAUAUUUCCUAAAGAAGUUUAUCUUUUUCUGUUUUCUCAAUAAUGUGUCCUUUGUAAUGGCAUAGGAGAUGCCACGCUGCACGCUGCAGUGUCUGGGUUCCCCCAGUUGAAUCCAUCCAGCUGCGGUUGCUUUCCAGGAGCUUAAAACGCCUGGUAACAGAGAUUUACCCGGACUGCAAUCCGAAUUGGCAUAGCUUUGGACAGAGUGUUUGCCCCUUGUAGAUUCAAUCUGUAUCAACACACUUCAGGUUCUUCACCUAUUGGACUUGAUUUUAUAGACAUUUUUAUCCUUCAGAGUGCUUAGCAGAUGGACGGUUGACAUCAUGGUGGUAGACUCAUUCUUUGGUAUAGAAUUAGGGCUUUCUUUUUUUCUUAUAAUGUCUUGUUUUACAAAUAACAAUUCAAAAAGGUUACAUGUAGACAUUGUCACAGAGUAGAGAUGUGGCGCCUUCAGUAUCGGAUCUAGGUAUGUCCAGGGUUCACAUGAUUCAUCGUCUUUACACUGAACAUCGCUAGUACAUGUUAUGAUGUGGCCAAAGGUUUGAAAGCCUACCUGAUCCUCAGGAAGGAAAGUUUCCCUAUCCUUUCCACAGAAUAUAUUACAUAAAUUAAGGAGGACAGCUAACAAUAUCCAUAUCCCAUAGUCAUAUCCAUUACACUAACUACAGUUAGUAACUGUAGUUUUUAGCACACACACACACCCAGUCCUCAGACUUCAGAUAAGCUAUUUUAUUUUGUCUUAAACACAGACGUAGCUCUGCAAGUUCAAAGUAGCUCCAAACUUUUCUUGGUUUUAAGUGUUACGAAAUAGAUGCUUAUUUAUUCAGGUUCCAUUCUACUCUUCCGGUUAUUAUAUUAUCUGUUGUGUGUACUGUAUUUUCUUAUUUUUCCUAUCUCAAACCAGUUGUCACAAUGUUAUCCUGUAACAACGUUUUGUUCAUGAUAUAGAUUAGGUGAAAAGGUGUGGAAUUCAUGAAGGGCUACAAAAAGCAUCCAAAACAUUGUUCACCUCGAGGAAGGGUGAGACAGCUUGAUAAUCUUUGGACAGAUGACUAAACAACGCUGUGGUGCUAAUAGGUACUGAAGUAUUUUAUGAUGUAUUCACUAUGACUUAAAUGACAUAGUCAAGGCAUGUCAAUGAUGCAACUGCAUGUGUUUUUGUUCUUAAAGUCUGGACUGCUCCAGCAAAGACAGUGUUUGUAAUUCCUGGUGGGCCAAUUCCUACCUAGCUCUUCUGUGGGAAAGUCGUUUCAGGAGGCAGUAUAGGAUUUGGCCCAGCGCUGACAGCUAAGGUAAAAGCUAUACAGACCACAGAAAUACAUGUAGGAUGUAUUCGUCCUGCUGUAGCAUGUUACUGAAAUAAAACUGAAGAAACUGAAAAUAAAUCCUACAGUAACGACAAGAAACACUGGAGUAAAUUCUGGGACCCCUUAACCAAGCCACGUUAAUAAGUGUGUGAAUUAAUUUGAGGAUUCAGAUCUGAAAUACUAAUGUUCUUCCAUGGAAUACCAGAAAAAGAGGGGUAGAAUAAGAUCAAAUUCUACCUCUAACAAUGGAAAAGGCCAAAUUUGUUCAACUUUCUAGUGAGCUAUGAUUUAAAACAGAGGGGUUUGGUUUUAAAAUCUUGAAGACAAAAAUUUUUCCCUUCCAAUUUGAAUUCUGAAGGGUAAUUAUUUUGUGUUGUUGUGUCUGGACUGAUUAUGCGGAAGAGGCAUCUGUAUCCUAAAUAGCACUGAGAGGUACACCUCCGACUGAUAGGCCAGAAAUGUGACCUCUUUAACAAACUCCAUAUUUGAAAACAUGGCGGGACAUUUCAAAAUAAAAAAAAAAAAAGGUACAAAAUCAUCCGGAACUGAGUUUCGGAUGAAUUGCGGAUGACUCCAACUGAAUUUGGAGUCAGUGUGAUCCACGGUUGACUGAAGCCUUUCCUCAAAGAAGACCCGCUCUUUUCCCCAGUUGAGCAAACGGGAGAUUUGCCCUUGGCUGCAGCGCAUACCUCUACCAAACAAUUUUAAGCAGAACAGCAACGGUCUGGGUAAUAUGUUAGGAGCAUGGAGUGGGCACACUGCCUGUAACUGUUUAGUUUUUAAAAAAAAAACUCAUUAUUAAGCAAAUGUGUAGAGUAUUAAGGAAAUUUGUAGAGGAUGUCUGACUGUAUGAGUGUGUGGGUGCUGUGCUGUGGUAAAAAGAGACUAAUUGGUUUAUGCGGUUUGUUUUGCAUACAUUAGGCUCCUUAUGGGGUUUUUUAAUUGAUAUUUAUUUCUCAGCAGAGCUUAGAAUAAUUUUAAAGCCGUGUAACACAUCAUUUAAUGAAUCCGUUGUCAGCAUCUGUUGUAAACAUGUGUUUACAAAACAAACUCUUCAAUACUUGAUAUUUGGAAAUAAAAAAUAGCAUAUCC